CGUUGUGGGUGAAAUCAGAAGUGAAAAACAGCCCAUUUCCCAUUUCUUCUAUCUUCUAUUAUUAUUAUGGCUUCCGCGUCGUUCUCACUUCCUUCCACGCUUUCUAUACUCUCUUCUACUCUGUCAACAUCUCCUAAGCUUUCCUUUCCGCUUCACUCUCUCUCGGUUCCUUCCAAGCCCCUUGCUUUCUCCCUCAGCUUUUCCCAAAUUUUCUCUGGGGUUUCCCGGUUACAUCCCCCCAAGAAGCAGCUCGGUUCCAGAGCUCUUGCCUCCCUUACUGACAUGGCAUCCGAGAAGAGGGUUUUUGAUUCCGAGGAAGAUUUGGCUGUUUCUCUGGCCAAAUACACCGCCGACUUGUCGCAUCACUUUACUAACAAGAGGGGCGCUUUCACUGUGGUUCUCUCUGGUGGAUCUCUCAUCAAAUGCCUCAGGAAACUGGUGGAGCCACCGUAUGUUGAUUCAAUAGACUGGUCGAAAUGGCACGUGUUUUGGGUUGACGAGAGAGUAGUACCCAAGGAUCAUGUUGACAGCAACUACAAACUCGCUUAUGAUGGAUUUCUUUCUCAGGUGCCGAUUCUCCCUGGUCACGUUUAUGCUAUUAAUGACGCACUGUCUGUUGAGGGUGCAGCAGAAGAUUAUGAAACCUGCCUGAAGCAUUUGGUAAAUACCAAAGUGAUUGAUAUCUCAGCAGCAAGGGGGUUCCCAAAAUUUGAUCUUAUGCUUCUUGGUAUGGGCCCAGAUGGCCAUGUGGCUUCUUUAUUCCCAGGUCAUCCCCUUCUAAAUGAGAAUCAGAAGUGGGUCACCUUCAUCAAGGAUUCCCCUAAACCACCCCCAGAGAGAAUUACUUUCACCUAUCCGGUUAUCAACUCAUCGGCAUACAUUGCACUUGUGGUGCCCGGUGCUAGCAAAGCGGACGCCGUGUAUACUGCACUAGGAGGAGGAAGUUCUCAGAAUGCUGAAACAUUACCUGUUCAGAGGGUUGCUCCUGAAGGGGUUUUGACAUGGUUCUUGGACAAGGAUGCUGCUUCCAAGCUGUAAUGUAAAAGAGCUACGUCGAUCAGAAUGAGGGGUGUUAGGCUUGUGCAAUGCAUUUGAAUAAGAGAGUGAGUUAAUAAAUGAGAUUUGAUGUUUGAUAUAUGGCAUCAUCUGAACCUGGGGGCAAGUUUGUUGGGAGUUUUCUGUCCCAUUUGUUGAAGAGAGGGGGGCUAAAUUGAAUAGGCCUUGAGAACAUCCUAGACGAUCUGGUCUUUAGAUGAUGUAUGAUAAUGGAUUGGAUCCUCUUCUAUUAGGUAGGACUUUUGAAAGAGUUUAUUCAUCUUUGCUAUGUCAUCCCCUGUUUUUGUUUGAAGUUGUCUUGAAUGUGCAGAUGCAUCAACUGAAUUGUUAAAGAAAAUCAGAACACUUGAGUUUUUGGACUAAA